AUGUCGUGGUUCGAGCGCACUUCGCAAAGAUGCGCCGUGUGCCCGGUGCGAUCGGGGUUGCUGCGUUGCGGCGGCUGCAAUGUGAUCAGGUACUGCGGCCCCGAGCACCAAUCAGCCCACCGACGGGAACACAAGAAAGCCUGUACUACCAUCAAUAAUACUCAAAAAAACCUUGCGAGGGAAGAAGCGGCGCUUCGGGAGGACCGUCAUGAUAUUCUGAUGCCGGCCGAUGUAUUCAACACCGGCGUUGGGAAGUUCUGGGGGAUAUACGGCACCAGAGAUUACAUGCGGGCACGCUUCGCCGCCGCCGAUGCACUCCUCCAAGUUGACACCGUGGCUGCUGUGGAGAAGUCUCUUGAGCACUUCACCGACAUGUUGCGUCUCUGCCGAAGCGACAACUUGGGUGUGCGGGACGCCAUUCCCCCGCUCCUGCUGCGGCUCGGCCGAGAACAGGAGUGCUACGAUUUCCUCAAGUGGUGGGCGACUGUUGACGACAACUAUGACUGGGCCAACCCGGCCUUGCCCUAUCUCGACAUUGAGAACGCCAACGCCUUCGAGUCUUUUGACUGGCCUCGGGAGAAACUUGCUCAUCUUGUCACGGUAACGCUCCUGAAGCUGCGCCUUCUUCUCGACUUUCAAGCGUGCGAAAGGGACUUUGGGUACAGCGCUGGCGGUUUGACCGAGUUCGAUCGUCCCAUAGGACGGCUCGUGAAAUCGAAGAUUCAGACGUCCAGCACCCAGAGGACUGCAACGACGGUCAAGGCUUUAAAGGGCCAGUACCAUCAGCUGUGCCGAAUUGUCAACCACGCCAACCCUUACUUUUGGGACGCUUUGCUGGAUGAGGGUGGAGGGGUUCCUGUCAUGCCCGAAUAUUACGCGGCGGGCUCUCCAGAAGAAGCCCAGUUGGUUCUGCACUGGUGCAAAAAGGCCUGGGAAGAAAGUGAGGACGCUUUAGUGAUGGUUGAAGAAGACACCCGCCAGUUCGUCCAGGUCUACAAAGGGCCCGCCCAAACCGCCGGUCCGCCGGCCCCCCGCAUGGCUGCUGCUGAGCUGGGGCCCGGAGAUCUGGAGAGAAGGCGGGGCGUUGGCCGCGUCUUCCCCUCCAAGAUCCAAGAUACGCUACCGACUUCCUCUCUGUCCGAUCUUUUCCCCGCCACUCCGGUCAGCGGCGGCCAAACCGUGCGCUUUAUUUACAGGGACGACCCCGGAAAGCUCCUUCUGUAUAUCGACGGUGCUUGUACGGACAAUGGGCAGCCGAACCCUCGGGGUGGCUGGGCGGUUGUUUAUGGCCCCACCGAUGAUGCAUCCGGCCGGCUUGAGGAGAAAGGACCAUUUGGACACGAAAGCGUCCCUACUAGCAACCGCGCUGAGUUGCGCGCUGCCAUCGCGGCCUUGCGCCUGCGCAAUUGGGAGCAGGAUGGCUUCGACGGCAUGGUCAUCGCAACCGAUUCCUCCUAUGUUGUUGACGGCGCCACCGGCUGGACCCAGGGCUGGACUGUUAACGGGUGGAGGACCCAAUCCGGGCGCGCUGUCAAAAACAAAGACCUGUGGGAACUAUUGUUGGGCGAGGUGGAGAGGUGGGCCGAUCGCGGGUUCCAGAUUACCUUCUGGAAAAUCCCCAGGGAACUGAAUGUGGGUGCUGACGCCCUGGCGAAGGCGGCAGCCAGCAUGGCGAGGCCCGAGCCCGUGUUUCGCGAUGUGACGGCAACCUCCCCGCAGAGCACGGCUAGCCGCGGUGGUGGUAGGACAGAACCCAAGCCCCGCGUUUUGGCCUUGUGUCUCGAUUAUGAGGACAUGUUCCAGAGCAUUUAUGGAAGUCUCAUCGCGAAAAUCACGUCCAAAGCCACAAUAGAGCGGGUCACGAAACCCGAGGUCGCCCUCACCAUGUUGAGCGAGGAGCCCCCACCAUCCGUCAUUCUCGUUACCGAUGGCGCCAUCACACGCCAGCAAAAGCUUUGCGAACGUGUGAUAGACCUGUUACGCGGCGGAACGGCGGUUAUCCUAGCGGGCUGCUUCAGCAGCAUGGUCACGCAGGGGCAGUUUAAUCGUUUCUUUGCUCGCCUAGGCCUGCCGUGGCAGCGCGGCUCUUACCAACGGGAGAGCGUUAAACUCCGCCCCCAGGUCGUUGGUGACCGCUUGGCGGCCCGGUUACCUUCGUCCUACAGCCAAAAGGCUCUCUUCAUCACUGAUGUGGAGAGCUCCGCGGUGUGGUACGCUGAGAGGGAAAACUCGAAUGAGGCGGCCGUGGUGUUUGCCACAGUUGGGGCGGGCAAGCUCGGUUAUGUUGGGGAUGUAAACGGCGAGGAAGGCUCGGAAGCUGUUGUCCUCGCCAUGUGUGGGCUGCUCGAUGGACGAGCCUGA